AGCGCGUCCGCGUUCCUGACGCGCGGUCCGGCCCGUCGCGCGGCACCGCUUCCACGCGACCUUCAGAAACCGCACCAACCCCAUGGCGCUCGCCGCGCGGCGCCUCGCGCGCCGGCGGAGCUUCGCGCAGCACCGCGACAUCUCGACGCUCAUCCUCCUGCGCCACGGCACGAGCGAGUGGAACGGCGCGGAGGCGCGCUUCUCCGGCUGGUGCGACAUCCCGCUGACGGUGCGCGGCCGCGUCGAGGCCGUCGCCGCGGGCCAGCUGCUGCGCGCGCGGGGCUUCCCCGCGCGGCGCAUCGACGUCGCGUUCGCGUCGGAGCUCCAAAGGGCGCACGAGACCUGCGAGCUCGCGCUCGCGUCCAUGGCGGGCCACUGCCAGCACACCUGGUCCACGGACCGGAUCCAGCGCGACCGGCGCCUGAACGAGCGCCACUACGGCGCGCUGCAGGGCCACUUCAAGGACGACCCGGACUUGGUCGCGGGCUUCGGCAUCCCGAAGCUCCGGGAGUGGAAGCGGUCCAUGCACGGCACGCCGCCGGCGUUGGACGAGCGCCACGCCCACUACCAGCCGCCGCCGGCGCCCCUGACGGAGUCGCUCGCGGACUGCCAGCGUCGCGUCCUCGACUGCUUCGAGGACCUCGUGAAACCGGCGCUCUUCGAGAGCGCGAACCGGGCCGUGCUGCUCGUGGCGCACAGCAACACGCUGCGCGCGCUGAUGGCGGCCAUCGACGAGGUGCCCGACGACGACGUGCCGGCGCUCCACGUGCCCAACUCCGUGCCCAUCCUCUACCGCUUCGACGUCGACCGACGCGCGCCCGUCUCCGUGAAGCUCUGCAAGGGUAGCGGCACCCAGUCGCACGCGCGCUGGAUGCUGACGCCGGAGAACCACGCCCAGGUCCACGACGCCCUCGAGUCGGGCGGCCUCCUCACGCGCGCGUUCUUCGAAUCCGUCGACGUGAAGCGGAACGGCGCGGUCAGCGUGCGCGAGCUCGACCUGUCGCUCACGGCCUACCUCAAGGAGGCGGAGCUGGGCAACAACCGCAUCGACUGCGCCGUCACGGCCGUCGCGAAGAAGAUCGUCCGCGAGGCGCGCGCGCGCGACUCGACGAUCACGCUCCGCGACUUCGAGCGGGAGGUCGCCGCGGCGGCCGCGGCGCUCCCGAAGCGCGACGACCAGAACCAGCAGGCCGGCGCGAUCCGCAAGGGCCAUAUCAAGGAGUUCCUCGUGCCGUCGUCGGCGAAGCUCGCGGCGGCGGACGAGAGCGGCCCCCUCGACGUCGUCGCCGCGGAAAUGCUGCUCGGCGCCGACUGCCUCGACAGCGCCUGCGCCUACGUGUCCCCGGACGUGUCCCGACUGCCCGCGGCGUUCCGCGCCGCUUUGGAGCGCGACGGCGAUUUCCACGUGCACGCGCACGAGCACCCGGCGGUCGUGCAGCGCGUCGCGGUCCGCGGCGGCGUGCCGCCCGGCGCCAUCGCGCUGAGCGAGGUGCAGCGGCUGAACAACCGCGUCUGCGUCCACGACGACCCGACGUGGACGCUCUAUCGAGGGAAGCACGAGACGCUCGACGCGCGCGAGGCGGCCAUGGGCGCGACGGCCGUCGCCAGGGCCGUGCCGGACCUCGACGCGGCGGCGAUCAUCUUCGAGGUGCGCCUGCGCUUCGACCGGCCCGGCGGCGCGGCCGCGGACCACGGCGUUUUGCGGCGCGCGCUCACGGCGCACUGCUUCGGGUGCCUCGUGACGGCGCCCGAGCUCUUCGUGCUGCCCGGCGUCGAGGCCGACGACGGGUCCUCGGUGGAGCUCGUCGCGCGCGUCGUCGAGGUGCGCUGCGAGCGCGACGACGACGACGACGGCGACGACGACGGCGACGGCGGCGGCGACGAGGACGACUACCGCGGCCGCUUCGCGACGGCGACGGCCGUCUACGCCGUCGCCGACGGCAACGCGCCCGCGAGUACGCGCGUCGAGAUCCUGCGGCCCGCGGCCGUCCCGCCGGCGAGGAACCCGACGGACUACGUCGACGUCGUCUGCGCCGAGGACGACGAGGUCUUCCCCGUGCGCCGCGCGCUCCUGCGGCCGUGCCUCGCGCUCACCAGGGCGGCGCAGGCCGGCCGCGGCAAGUACGACGCCGUGCAGGACUCCGUCUCCGUGCCGCUGGACUGCUGCACCUUCGACCGCGUUUUGCUCUAUCUCCAGCACGAGCGGCGCCGCGAGCCCUUCGCGUUCGACCCGACGCUCGCGCCCGAGCUGCUCCGGGCCGCGGAGGCGCUCAAGAUCCGGGGCCUCGAGGACGCGGCGAACAAGGUCCUGGGCUCCUUCGACGAGCGCGUGCGGAAGGCGCCCAUCCGCCUCGCGGAGGUCGACGCGCGGAACGCCAAGGGCGGCGAGACGGACCCGCGCGGCGAGACGUGGCUCGUGCUCGACGGCAUGGUGCUCGACAUCACGCGCUGGCUCGGCGAGCACCCGGGGGGCAACACGAUCAUCCCCCAGCAGGCGCUCGGCUGCGACUGCGCCGUCAUGUUCGAGAUCUACCACGUGUCCCGUCAGUCCUUCGCGUACCUCCGCGAGUUCUACGUCGGCGAGCUCCACCGCGACGACGCGCCGGACGUGCCGCCGCCGGCGACGCUCCCGCCGGGCGCGGCGACCGCGGCGUCGCCCGCGUUCCUCGCGGAGCUCCGGCGGCACACCGCGUGGCGCCUCAAGGACGCGGACCUCGUCUACCCGACCUGGAAGUCGUUCUAA